AGCGGGAGAGAGCGCAGGAAGCAAGGUUUGGCAAGCAAGAAACCUGCGGCUAUCAGCUGGCGAGAAAUUAGGCCUCUGGCUCUGCUUUUGCGUUAGCUUAGCACGCUUUUAGCCUAUCUGCUAUGUCGGGAUGAGCUGCUUGUGGCUUGUUUUGUUCUGUGCCUGCAUGUGCCUCUGCUCUGGCUCCGCUCUGCUCUGGCACUGGCCCUGGCUCUCGAAAGUGGGUCUACGGACGCCUCACCCGGAUGGAGACCGCGCUGUGAACGCAGUACAAGAAGGAUAUGACGACAUUGUCUGUCGGAGGAAGCUCAGCGAUUCAAAUAGGAUUUAUAACAAGAAUAUAUCGACUAUCUACCAACUAUCGCCGGUCGACAACCGUAGCAGACGACUGGCGGAGAUGUGCUGGCUGCUGUGACUGGCGGCGCGCGACCCGCGGCGAGAGUUUGGCUAUGACGACAUCGGCCCUGCGCCUGCGUCAUUCGCCGCUGUGGCUGCCGAGUUGUGGCACAACUGUAGCACCACUGAUACGCUUGCGCCGAGCCGC